UCAUUUAUCUAGGACUGUACAGUGUACACUAAUUGACUAAUUCCUUUCAUGUUUCUGAACAUUGCCCUCUACAAUCUUUUUUCUGAGAUGUUUAUUUUUUAGUAACCUCACCUCACUUUUUCAAAAGUUUAAAAACUUACGAGUUGAAUGAUUCCUAAAUUUUUUUAUUUAUAUCUAAAACAUGGAUGAUUCACUAAGUGAUAUCGCUGCAGAGUUUCAAAAUGAGUUAUUAGAAGGAGAAAAUUCAGUUCCAGGAACUUCAGCAGAGAAAACUUCAGAAAAACCCAAAGUCUCUAGUAAAACUCACUGCUUAUUAGUAAACCCAAAACAACGUGGAAACCCUUUAUUAAAAUCUGUGCGAAAUGUACCGUGGGAAUAUGACGACAUCGUCCCCGACUACCAAAUGGGGCAAACUACGUGCGCCUUAUUUUUGUCACUACGCUACCAUAAUUUAAAUCCAGAUUAUAUACACAACCGCCUUAAACCUCUCGGCCAUAUGUAUCAGUUAAGGGUAUUACUUGUACAGGUGGACAUAAAAGACCCUCACUAUGUAUUAAAAACCCUAACUAGGAUAUGUAUUUUGGCCGACUUAACUUUAAUUUUGGCCUGGAGUCCUGAAGAAGCCGGUAAGAUUAUCGAGACAUAUAAAAUAUACGAAAACAAGCCCGCUGACACUAUUAGGGAAAGGAACGAGUCGUCACCUUAUUUAAAUCUUAUUCAAGCUUUAACAACCAUAAAGCCUAUUAAUAAAACGGAUGCUAUGACGCUGUUAAACAGAUUUAAAACGUUGGAAGGUGUUGUAAAAGCGUCGGAGUAUCAAUUGUCAGAAUGUCCGGGUAUCGGACCAAGGAAAGCGAAGAAAUUGUACAGUGUUCUACACGAGAAGUUUUGUAAAUAGGUUUAGGAAGCAGGUUUAAAACAGAAAAUAACUCGCUCGUAAUAACUCGUAAUACUUUUAUUUUAUUAAAACAAUAUUAACUUGUAAA